AUGCCCAAGAAGAUCAAGUCUACGUCCGUUCCCUUGGACUUGAACAACUGCCCUCCUUUGGAAAAGGUACCACCUCUUCCCAAAAAUCGUUCGGCUUCCGUUACCUCUAUUGAAACCACGAACACUGAUGGAUCGGUGACGAUGGUGGAGCGCUUAAUGUUGCCUCCGAUUCGUGAGUUUGAUGAAUUGACCUCCUUCGAACAAUUUGUUCGUGAUGAGACUUGGGACAAUGAAUUUGAUUACUUUCACGCUAAGCUCAACUACUACCCGCCGUUUGUGUUGAAGGCUUGCAGAUCCAAUUUGGACAAGAUCAAGCACACCGCGAACAAAAACUCCCGCAAGUUCAGACGUCAAUUGAACCACCACGUCAAAAAUCACUUGUUCAAGGAUUUGGAGAAGUGCUGCGGUUACCCCUUGGACUUUGGGAAAGCUGAAAUUAUCGAGACACCCAACAAGAUCACCUGGGUUUACCGUGACUACUCUAAUCACGGGUUUUCUGAGGACGACGCUGAUCCUUUGGACCGCAAGUGGAAAUUGGACUUGGCCAUCUCGUGCACCAAUGAAAAUGCCAUGGUAGAAGUCGAUUAUAAGUCUAUGCCUGUCGAAGACGAAGAAGCUGUCUUCUGA